AUGGCGGCGGCGGCGGCAGCGGCGGCGGCGAUGGCUCCUCCGGGCUGCCCGGGUUCGUGUCCCAACUUCGCCGUAGUCUGCUCUUUCUUGGAGCGCUACGGGCCGCUGCUCGACCUGCCUGAGUUGCCGUUCCCGGAGCUCGAGCGGGUGCUGCAAGCUCCGCCGCCGGACGUCGGCAACGGAGAAGUACCUAAAGAAUUGGUGGAGCUCCAUUUGAAGUUGAUGAGGAAGAUUGGCAAAUCUGUUACAGCAGACAGAUGGGAAAAAUACUUGAUCAAGAUAUGCCAAGAGUUUAAUAGCACCUGGGCAUGGGAGAUGGAGAAGAAAGGCUAUCUUGAAAUGAGUGUUGAAUGCAAGUUAGCACUCUUAAAGUACCUCUGUGAGUGUCAAUUUGAUGACAAUCUCAAAUUCAAGAAUAUUAUCAAUGAGGAGGAUGCUGAUACCAUGCGUCUCCAGCCAAUUGGCCGUGACAAAGAUGGCCUCAUGUACUGGUACCAGUUGGAUCAAGAUCACAAUGUCAGAAUGUACAUAGAAGAACAAGAUGAUCAAGAUGGCUCUUCGUGGAAAUGCAUUGUCAGAAAUCGAAACGAGUUGGCUGAGACUCUUGCACUCCUGAAAGCACAGAUUGAUCCUGUACUAUUGAAGAACUCUAGCCAACAGGACAGCUCUUCCCGGGAAAGCCCCAGCUUAGAAGAAGAGGAGACUAAAAAGGAGGAAGAAACAACUAAACAAGAGGAACAGAAAGGAAGUGCAAAGACGAAAAGUGAAGAGCGGCCAAUAGAUUCAGAAAAAUGUUCUACACCCAGUGCUCUGGAAGAGACUACUGUGAAAAUAGAAAAAGAAGAUGAAAAGGAACUUGUAAAACUGCCAGUCAUAGUGAAGCUAGAAAAACCUUUGCCAGAAAGUGAAGAAAAAAAGAUUAUCAAAGAAGAAAGUGAUUCCUUCAAGGAAAAUGUCAAACCUGUAAAAGUGGAAAUGAAAGAAUGUAAAGCAGAUUCUAGAGAUAUCAAAGGUAGUAUGGAGAAGUUAGAGCCUGAGAGGCUAGACUUUGUUGGCAAUGUUAAAUCUUCUCAAGAAAUUACUGAAAAGUCUACUGAAGAAACUGAGAAACUUAAAAAUGACCAGCAGGCGAAGAUUCCACUAAAAAAACGAGAAAUUAAACUGAGUGAUGAUUUUGAUAGUCCAAUCAAAGGACCUUUGUGUAAAUCAGUUACUCCAACAAAAGAGUUUUUGAAAGAUGAAAUAAAACAAGAGGAAGAGACUUGUAAAAGGAUCUCUACAAUCACUGCUUUGGGUCAUGAAGGGAAACAGCUGGUAAAUGGAGAAGUUAGUGAUGAAAAGGUAACUCCACAUUUUAAGACAGAACAGAUGGAGACAAAGUUUUAUGAUACAAAGGAAGAUAGUUGCAGCCCCUCUAAGGAUAGAAGUGUCAUCAUGGAGGGAAACGGAGCAGAGUCUGUAAAUUCUGUCAUUGCGAGUGUAAAAAUAGGUGAUCUUGAGAAAGAAGUGGUCCCUUUAGGGAAAGAUACAGAUAAUUCAAUAUCAGUCUUAGAGACCCAGAGUCAGAAAGAGCACAUAGAGGAAACCGGUCCUUCAGAAAUGGAAACCUCUCUUGAGACUGCUGACAUAGCAAAGGAUCUCUCUUUAAAAACUGCUUUAUCUACCACUGAAUCCUAUAGUAUGAGAGUUGAAGAGAAGUCUCCCAAAAGUAAGAAGGAUAAGCGCCCACCAGUCCUCGAGUGUCUUGAAAAGUCCAAAAAGACUUUUCUUGAUAAGGACACACAAAGAUUGAGUCCAAUACCGGAGGAGGUCCCAAAGACAACUGUAGAAUCAAUAAAGGCCGGGUCUCCAGAGGCAGCUGAAACUUAUCCGUCAUCUAACGUGACUGUCCACUGUGAGAAACUAGCCUCUGAAGUUGAGUCUCAGAAUACAAGUUCACUUGAAGGUCAGUCCCUGGAGAAAGUAGACCCAGAAAUUUUAAAAGUAGAUUCUGAACCAACAAAGGUAGAAGUGGAUAAUCUGGACAAUGCCCAGACCUCUGGCACAAGUGAUUCUUCUGAGACAAAGGGUUCUAUGCAAAAAAGCAAAUUGAAAUAUAAGUUGAUUCCUGAAGAAGAAAACACUGGCUCUGAAAACACAGAGAUAACCUCAGAAAGGCAGAAAGAAGGCAUCAAAUUAACAAUUAGGAUAUCUAGUCGGAAAAAGAAGUCAGAUUCUCCUCCCAAAAUUUUAGAGCCAGAAACCAAGCAAGAGAAGACUGAAAAGGAAGAAGAGAAAACAAAUGUUGGUCGUACUUUGAGGAGGUCUCCAAGAAUAUCUAGACCCACAGCAAAAGUGGCUGAAAUCAGAGAUCAGAAAGCUGAUAAAAAAAGAGGGGAAGAAGAUGAAGUAGAAGAAGAGUCAGCAGCUUUGCAAAAGACAGACAAAAAAGAAAAUUUGAAAAAAGCAGAGAAGGAUACAAAUUCUAAAGUAACCAAGGUAAAGCCCAAAGGCAAAGUUCGAUGGACUGGCUCUCGAACACGUGGCAGGUGGAAAUAUUCCAGCAAUGAUGAAAGUGAGGGGUCUGACAGUGAAAAGUCAUCUGCAGCUUCAGAAGAGGAGGAAGAAAAGGAAAGUGAAGAAGCCAUCCUGGCAGAUGAUGAUGAACCGUGCAAAAAAUGUGGCCUUCCAAACCAUCCUGAACUAAUCCUUCUGUGUGACUCUUGUGACAGUGGAUACCACACUGCCUGCCUUCGCCCUCCUCUAAUGAUUAUUCCAGAUGGAGAAUGGUUCUGCCCCCCUUGCCAGCAUAAACUACUGUGUGAAAAAUUAGAAGAACAAUUGCAAGAUUUGGAUGUUGCCUUAAAGAAGAAGGAGCGUGCUGAACGCAGGAAAGAACGCUUGGUGUAUGUGGGUAUUAGUAUUGAAAACAUCAUUCCUCCACAAGAGCCAGAUUUUUCUGAAGAUCAUGAAGAAAAGAAAAAAGAUUCAAAAAAAUCCAAAGCAAACUUGCUUGAAAGGAGGUCGACACGAACACGGAAGUGUAUAAGUUACAGAUUUGAUGAGUUUGACGAAGCAAUUGAUGAAGCUAUAGAAGAUGAUAUCAAAGAGGCGGAUGGAGGAGGAGUUGGCCGAGGAAAAGAUAUCUCUACCAUCACAGGCCACCGUGGAAAAGACAUCUCUACUAUAUUGGAUGAAGAAAGAAAAGAAAAUAAACGACCCCAGAGGGCAGCGGCUGCUCGCCGGAAGAAACGCCGGCGACUGAAUGAUCUGGACAGUGACAGCAACCUGGAUGAAGAGGAGAGCGAGGAUGAAUUCAAGAUCAGUGAUGGAUCUCAGGAUGAAUUUGUUGUGUCUGAUGAGAACCCAGAUGAGAGUGAAGAAGACCCACCAUCGAACGAUGACAGUGACACUGAUUUCUGUAGCCGAAGACUAAGGCGACACCCCUCCCGGCCCAUGAGGCAAAGCAGGCGCUUGCGGAGAAAGACCCCAAAGAGAAAGUGCUCUGACGAUGACGAGGAGGAGGAGUCUGAGGACAACAGCAGAGACUCUGAAAGUGACUUUAGUGAUGACUUUAGCGAUGAUUUUGUAGAAACUCGGCGAAGAAGGUCUAGAAGGAACCAGAAGAGACAAAUUAACUACAAGGAAGACUCAGAAAGUGAUGGUUCCCAGAAGAGUUUACGACGUGGUAAAGAAAUCAGACGCGUUCACAAGCGUAGGCUCUCUAGCUCAGAUAGUGAAGAGAGCUAUAUGUCCAAGAACUCUGAAGAUGAUGAGCUAGCUAAAGAAUCAAAGCGGUCAGUUCGAAAACGGGGUCGAAGCACAGAUGAGUAUUCCGAAGCAGAUGAGGAGGAAGAAGGUAAACCAUCCCGAAAACGGCUACACCGGAUUGAGACAGAUGAAGAGGAGAGUUGUGACAAUGCUCAUGGAGAUGCAGAUCAACCUGCCCAUGACAGCCAGCCCAGGGUCCUGCCCUCAGAACAGGACAGCACCAAAAAGCCCUAUCGGAUAGACAGUGAUGAGGAAGAGGACUUUGAAAAUGUAGGCAAGGUGGGGAGCCCAUUGGACUAUAGCUUAGUGGACCUACCUUCCACCAAUGGACAGAGUCCAGGCAAAGCCAUUGAAAACUUGAUUGGCAAGCCAGCUGAGAAGCCUCAGACCCCCAAGGACAGCAGCACAGGCAGUGCAAGCCUGGCCCCCAAUGGGACGAGUGGUGGGCAGGAGGCAGGGGCGCCCGAAGAGGAUGAAGAUGAGCUUUUAAGAGUGACUGACCUUGUUGAUUAUGUCUGUAACAGUGAACAGUUAUAA